UACAAUUAAUCACCAGCAUCGCAUCCUCUGAAAAAAAAAAAAAAAAGGAACACUAGCAUAUGUUGAAACAAACGUUGAUGAAAGUUAUUCACCAUAAACCAAAGAACCCUUGAUUGAUAAAUAAUUACCCAAAAUCCACCUUCCUUCCCAACUCUCUAAAAAGAAAUUUUUAUGUGUUUGGGAGAUUGGAGACUGCAUGCAUACAGAUAUCGAUCAAGCUACAAAAGUUAGAUGGUUUGCUACCUAAUUCUUUAAAUUUAUGGUCCGACUGUUUUUUUAAUAUAUCAAUCCCAGAACGUUUCAUCUGUAUGUUUGCAUGUUUUUUUAAAUAAAUUAUAGGUUUUUUUUAUAUUCGGAGAUCACUGAUUAUAGAUACUCAACAUUGGCUAUAGAUUUGUUUUUGUGCUCUGAAAUAAGGUUUUGAAGACAGUUGAAUUUUUGUGAUGCAUAAUUAUUAUAGGCAUGAUGAAAAAGAUAGAAUGUUAUGACAUAUGUUGUGGGGAGGAAAAAUUUAAUAAGAUAGGUGUUUGAUGGGUAAUACGUGCGCUGGACCCACAGGGGCCCCAUCUGGAUUCUUUCAAACUGUUACAGCUGCAGUUUGGAAACCUAGGCUUCCUCCUCCUGACAGUACUGCUGAUAAUGACAAGGAUAAAAGUAAUUCUUCUAAAUCAAUUGACGAAUCCGAGGCUUCUAAGACUCAGCAAAAACCGCCACCACAAGUUAAAAUAGCCGAGAAUGAGGCUAAACAGGUUAGUGAUGAUAAGACGACUAAGCCCGACAAUGAUGCUGCCAAACAGAUAAAGCGUGUGGCCAGUGCUGGACUUCAGGUGGCAUCGGUUUUACAGACAAAAUCUGGGAAUUUGAAGGAUUUUUAUAGUCUUGGGAAAAAACUUGGACAAGGUCAAUUUGGUACGACGCAUCUUUGUACAGAGAAAAAGAGUGGGAAGGAGUUUGCGUGUAAGUCUAUUGCGAAGAGGAAGUUGGUUUCCAAAGAGGAUGUGGAAGAUGUGAGGAGGGAGAUUCAGAUAAUGCACCAUUUGGCGGGACAUCCGAAUGUCAUAUCUAUUGUAGCUGCGCAUGAAGAUGCUGUUGCAGUUUAUGUUGUUAUGGAGUUGUGUACAGGUGGAGAGCUUUUUGAUAGAAUUAUACAGAGAGGGCAUUAUUCAGAGCGAAAGGCUGCUGAACUUGCUAGAGUAAUUGUAAAUGUUGUAGAAGCUUGUCAUUCAUUGGGUGUCCUGCAUCGAGAUUUGAAACCUGAAAAUUUUCUUUUCGUCAAUGAGGAAGAGGAGGCUCCACUUAAGACAAUUGACUUCGGGCUUUCAGUUUUCUUUAAGCCAGGUGAAAUGUUUACGGACGUGGUUGGGAGCCCAUAUUAUGUUGCCCCAGAGGUGUUGCGGAAGUUUUAUGGUCAACCAUGUGACAUAUGGAGUGCGGGAGUUAUCAUAUACAUAUUACUUAGUGGGGUCCCCCCAUUUUGGGAUGAGACGGAGCAAGGAAUUUUUGAGCAGGUUUUGAAAGGAGAACUUGACUUCGUAUCAGAACCAUGGCCUAGUAUAUCAGAGGGUGCAAAAGAUUUGGUCCGAAAAAUGCUUGUAAGAGAUCCUAGCAAGCGUCUAACUGCUCAUGAAGUUCUAUGCCACCCAUGGGUAAAGGUUGAUGGUUCGGCUCCAGAUAAACCUAUUGAUUCUGCUGUUUUGAGUCGUUUGAAGCGAUUUUCAGCAAUGCAUAAGCUCAAGAAGAUUGCCAUUAGAAUAAUUGCAGAGAGUUUGUCUGAGGAGGAAAUUGCAGGAUUGAAAGAGAUGUUUAAGAUGAUCGACACGGACAAUAGUGGAAAUAUUACACUUGAAGAGCUGCAAAAAGGUUUAGAAAAAGUCGGAGCCAAUCUUAUGGAGUCAGAAAUUAAUGACUUGUUGCAAUCUGCGGAUCUUGACAACAGUGGCACCAUUGACUACACUGAAUUUGUAGCUGCAAUGCUCAAUCUAAACAAAGCGCAUAAGGAGGAUCACUUGUUAGCAGCAUUCUCAUAUUUCGACAAAGAUGGGAGUGGGUACAUUACUGCUGAUGAACUUCAACAGGCAUGUGAGAAGUUUGGCUUAGGAGGCGCUCAAUUAGAAGUAAUCAUGCAAGAAGUUGACAAGGACCAUGAUGGGCGUAUCGAUUACAAUGAAUUCGUGGACAUGAUGCAAGAUACUGGAAUUGACAAGGGAUUGCAAAAUGGCAAAGCAUCGGGUUAAGGGAUGCAUAUAAGGUCCGUCAUUCUUGAUUAUUGGAUUUACCAACCCACAUAAUAGGUGUACAGCUGCUGACAAUUAGUUUGUAACUCGAAACUUAAAAUGCAUAAUUUUCAGGCUUAUGUGAGAGUGAUCAGAAUUUUAGCCCCAUUAUAGUUUUCCACAGUAUUUUCUGCCAAUCUGUAAAUUUAAUUUCCCUGCCCAGCCUUACCCUUGGGAUUGUAGUCAUUUUAGCCCUUUUCAUUUCUUUCAGAUACUUCUGUAGUUCUGCUUCAGUUAUCUGUAAAUUCUGACUUCUUGGACAGUAUUAGCUGAUACACAUCUAACUGCUGCUUAUAGCUUUGAGUAUAUUAGCAACUUAAAUGUGUGAAGAAGAAUAUAAUACUGCACUAAAAAGGGGAGCAUAAGAUUGCAUAUUUGUGGUGAUUAUGUAACUAAUUUAUGCUUAUGAUUACCUCGUUGUGCAUUUGAUUACUAUCUAAUCUAGAUACCUUAUAAAGUGAAGAGUGCUUCGUUUACUAGAUCAUUUGCCAAAUUGGGAAGCCCAAUCUCCUCCCAAAUCCCAGCAUACCCGAACAAUACGCACAACCACACUGUAUCCUCUGUUUAAGUUAUCAUCUUAUUAUAUAGUAACUGCUAAUUCUUUGUAGGGAACAGUAUAUAUUUUUUACUUCAUCUGACUGGUUCUUGGUGGCACUCCACAGGCAUUUGUUUGAGGCACAGUGGUGCCAUGUAGUUGUGCAUACCAGAAUGACUUCUAUGUGUUUUAGCAUCCUCUUUUUCGUGUGUCAGCUAGUGGAUUUGGAUCUUGCCACUUUAGGCCCAUCUCUCAGGUCACUAAUUGUAUUCACUAGGGGGCUUAUAACUAAUGGCUUCCCAGUUAGUUUCUUACUGAAAUGCUUCUAAAUACGUAUUGGAGAGUUAGGAGUCUUAGCCUUAUACUUCUGUAGAACACUAUGAAUAGUGUUCAU